CUCCCCCCCCUCCUCUUCCUCCCCCUUCCCCCUUCUGCCCGUCCUCCUUUCUCCGCAGAUGUCCUCCGCUUCGCACUGUGCGCCUUCAGGUGGCUCCUUCGCAAACCCCGGCGGCGGAGAGGCGAAGGUCUUCGCCAGCUCUCCGGCGGGGAGGGCCUGGACCAGCGCGGCUGGCACGCUGGACGGCUUCACCUGCCUCACCGCGGACUUCGGCAGGUCGGCCGACGGCGCGGACCCCCUGGUGGCCCUGGGCGGCGCCAGCGGACGCGUCUGCGUGCUCCAGGCCUCGGCCGCCGCCGAGGCCGCCGCUGCCGCGGGCGCCGGCGAGGGCAGCGCGGGUGCCGCGGCGGCCGGGGGCGGAGCGCCGGCGGCCCCGGUCGGCGGCAUGUCGCGCUCUGCCUCGGCGCCCCGCCCGGACCGUGGCAGCGACUUCCACCGGCGGUCGUCCCACGCGAGGAGCAGGACCAUGAGGCUGGAGCCUCUCGAGGGGAAGGCGCCCUCGCUCGAGCUGCCGCCCCUGGAGGGGGCCACGGCUCGGCAGAGCGCGGGGGACAAGGCCGGCGCCCCCGCGCAGGAGCUCCAGGCGGCGCCGCAGGCGCCGCCGGCGUCCCUGCUGUCUCGCAGGCGGCCCAGCAAGGUGGCGUUCCGCCUGGACGCCGUGGACGCCUGCGAGGAGGCGGCGCAGAAGGACUGCCCGUCGUCAAAGUGUCUGGCCAGGCGGAUGUGGAGCGACCACCGUCCUGCCACCAUGGCGGAGCACGGGAUCUUCGUGCUCUUCUGA